AUGAACGAGUAUACCAGUGGCAGCGAUACUGACAGCGGUGGCGACGACGACUAUGCCCCCAUUGUCGCCUCGAGCUGGGGUGAUCAAAAAAAACCAACAGACAACAGCAACGACGGAAACAACGCAAAGCAAGACAAAGUAAACGACUGGGCUUCCUUAAUCGAUCCUAAUGCCAAGCUUGGUAAUAAUGGUGUGGGCAGUGGCGAUUUACAUCGAAGAGGACCGAAUUAUCGACCUGUUGAUGAAACUCUUAUUCUACGACAACGGCUCCAGGGUGCCAGUUUGAAAACGGAAGAAGAGAAAAAGGCACACAGGGAGCGCAACGCCCGAGGAAAAAGAAAGAUGAUGCGUUAUGUUCGGGAGCUGGAGGAAGACCGGCCUACGUCUCGACGAUUUGUAUCCAACACUAGGAAAUCGGCACGUUCCUUUUCGUCUUCUGCACGCGGUGGUAAAAAGCCUUUCUCUUCACCGCGCAGCAAUUUCUCAUCGUCCGCACGAAAAAAAUCGUUCUCUCCAUCCGAUACCACCACAACCACAACCACUACUACGGCAGCAGGCAACACUGACGAUGUAGCGCCACCGUCACCAUUGCCGCCAAUCGAAAACAAGCCAUUGGCUGUCUAUCGUGAAACGGCACCAUGGGACGACUUUACUGAAGUGACGAAGUUUCCAUCUUCAUCUUCUCCUGAGCAACAACUAAAACAACCUCGACCAUCAAAACAACCAUCUUCUGAACAACAACAACUACAACAAGAAAAACAAUCGCAAUUGAAAAAGAAAGCAUCAGUUCGCUUCAGUCAUCCGUUGGUGCAACCGCCUCCUAUCGCGUUACACUCACCCAAAAGCACAAAAUCAACUACAACUACGACUACGACUCUGAGAAAUUGCAACAGCACCAGUAAUGUUUUCCAUAUUGACAGUACGACUACUACUGCUACUACUACUAUCACAGCAACAGCGUCUUCCGGUGCUUCCACAACCCCCACAACCGAUAGUAAUACCGUGAGCCCUGCAACCACAACGAAGCCAACAGCACCAUCAUCAUCAUCACCUGUUGCUGCUUGCGAUCCCACAGCCGCUAGUAAUAUCGUGAGUCCUGCAACCACAACACCAACAGCAUCACCAUCAUUACCACCUGUUGCUGCUCGCCCACCGUCCAUCGCAAGCAGCAACAGUAAUCCGUGGGUAGGCAAGCUGUUAAUGGAGGAGCCGUUCUGGAAAGGACCAAUGGAAAAGGAGAGCACUGCAAAGAAAAAGGAAGAUACCAAGUUGAUUGAAGAGACAGAGCCCCAGCAAUCUUUACAAAGAUUGGACACAUCCUCUGGGGCAUCCAAGUGGUCGUCGGGAGACGUGCUCACGCCGUCGCCCGUGACAACGCCUACCAAACGAACAGUGCCGCCUGCGUGGCAUCCGCCUCCAUCGGCUGAUUGGGUGAAUGAAUUUAUGGUAUCAUCCACCAAGUCAACCACCAGCAAGAAAGCUACUCCUAGCCUGGGUAACGAAGAAGCAGUUGGUAAUCCUACCGCAACCACCAACCACCCCAAUCCACAUACUUCAGCCAUGAAAGCUGGUGGCGGAUGGCAGCAUCCAACGUCAUGGAAUCCGCCUAGUUCGCUUACUGCACCAUCUACACCAGUAUCUCAUAGCGACUCAUACAAAUGUUCGCAAGCAUCCGGCACUACUACUUUGAAAACUCCAUCGAUACCCGCAAAGCCUGUAUCACCAGCUGCGUCGCCCACGCAACCAGCAAAAGUAGCAGCGCCUACUCCUGCUGCUGCACCAUCAACAACCAACUGGCAGUCUUUUGUUUCACCAGUAUCAGAAAAACCAGUAACACCACCCGCCACUACUGCAGAAAACACAUCUUGGCAAUACACCACUAGUACUACGACGUCUACUCCACCAGUCCCAGCGAAACCAAUAACGCCACCAGGUAGGCAGUCUCCCUUUUCGGUGCUAGCGCCUACAUCCAAUUGGGAAACAAACACAACGGCUACUACGCCUGUAUCCAACAACGAUGAUUCAUGGAAACCCGCAACAAAAUCGUGGGAUGGUUCAGCUUCUAGUCCAUGGAACGAUUCGUCAGCAACCCAAGGCUGGAAUAGCAACACUGAUACUACAUGGAGCAGCAACAAUAAUGGCUGGGGUUCUGACGCAACACGACAACAAGAAACAGAACAGCCCAAACGUGAACAGAAAACGGCACCAAGUCGAUUCUCUCGACCCGGUCGACCAAAAUACUCAACUCGAUCUAAGGGCCCCACACCAGCCAACUAUCGGCCUGACAAACCACUCAGUCCACCGACCAAAGUGGCGCCUCCGUCGCGCGCAGAUAAUCCUGUCGUUGUGUCCAUCAAUGUCGAGUUAAGCGCAGAUAAUAAGAUACCCGUGCAUCUUCAUCUGUACGAUGAUCCGCUCAACGUGGCGCGUCAGUUCGCUCAAGCACAUUCCAUUCAUUCACCCAACAUCAUUGAAGCCCUCAACCAAUUGUUCUCAUCACAAAAGGCCCAGGCUGUCAGAAAACGGUCACAAUCCAAUGUAAAUAACACUUCAUCCUUACCUUUACCGCCUCGUGGCUAUCAGCAGCAGCAUCAACAUGAUCAUCACCGUCCGCAUCAGCAGCAGUAUCGUGGCAGAUAA